UCUAGCAAAGUCACAUUUUGAAUGAGACAUGUUACCCUCCCUAAAUUGUAUAAAGAAAGAGAUCGACAACCUAAUUUUAAUAUUAGAACCACUACUUCCUCUUGUUAACAGUCAUAUGGUGGAUUAUUUUAUAAAUUCUAGGUAUAAAACAUCGGUUCCAUUGCCUUUACAAAAUGAUAUUUGUAACAUUGGCUGUGAUAAUGCAAUUGAUAUUCUUUUAAAGGGGACACCUAACCCUUGUGCCUUUCAUUUAAAUGAUUACAUAAAUCGAGCUAAAUCUUGCCAACUGUAUAAUUUGAGCAUGGUGUGUUUAAGUCAAUCAGACUUACAUAGAAAGUUUUUUGAAUGGGGCGGCGGUGAUGUAGAAAGUUUAAAACUAAAAGUGUUUGUAACAGAAAAGAAGUCUCAUGAAAUUGAAUUAUUAACAAAAGUUGUAGCCACAAUUUAUAAUAUUAGUAAAACGACACACAUAAUAGAUGUAGGUUGCGGGAAGGGCUACUUAAGUUCGUUAUUGGCCUUACAUCAUCAAAUUCCUGUGCUAGGCGUUGACUCCUCCCUACUUCACACAGAUGGUGCUAUUAAAAGAGCACGUUUACUAGAAAAAGCUUGGAAAGGUUUUCAGCAUAAUCCUUAUAAAUCUUUGCCAUCUAAAACGGAAGACAACUUAACUAAAAUUGACCAUUUGUAUAAACAGGUAACACAAUUUGUUACAGAAGACACAGAUUUUGAACAGCUUAUUAGUGACAUAUUUUUGCAGCGAAGUACAAAUUUUGGAUUAGUAGGUUUACAUACAUGCGGAGAUUUGGCCGCUGCUUGUAUAAAAAUGUACAACAGAAAUAAUAAUCUCAAAACCCUUUGCAAUGUUUCAUGUUGUUAUAAUUUACUAAAUGAGGAAUUCGAAAGUGUUAAUUCCAAAUCAACGCAUAGUUUUGGCUUUCCCUUGAGUGCGCAUCUUAGAAAUAAACGUUUCAAAUUAGGACAUAUCGCUCUGAUGCUGUCGGCUCAGCCAGUAGAUCGCAUUUUGAAUAGAAAGGAGCUGCCUAGUAAGAUAUUGUUUUAUAGAUCAGUCUUGGAAGUCAUUUUAGAAAAGUAUAAUAUUUGUAAGAGUAAGCGUCAAGUGGGAAAAGUUAAAAAGAAAUGCGAGAACUUUGUGGAAUAUGUGCACAUCUGUUUAAAAAAUAUAAAUGUUAAACUUGAUCUUUCAAAUGAUGAGUUAAUGAAAGUGUAUCAUGAGUAUGAAACAUAUGAAAAUCAAUUAUAUGUAUUCUAUCUUUUACGUUGUAUGCUAGCGCCAUUAAUUGAAGCUAUUAUACUUUUGGAUAGAUUGCUAUUUUUGCAUGAGAAUGGACAUGCAAAUGCAUUUUUGACCCAGUUAUUUGAUCCUAUAAUUUCUCCACGGUGUUACGCACUCAUUAGCUUGAAACGAUAAUCAUUGGUAUGGUGUGAGAUAUACAUUGUGUUCAUAUUGUAUUUGUUUUUAUGUAGAUAGUUUAUAUAGAUAAAAUUUGAUUUGUAUUAAAACGGUUGUAACGGUUUUACUUAAAUAUAUAUGAUCUAAGUUA